GUGUCCGCAACAAAUAUAAACCUGGACGAUUGAUUGUGAAAUUGAAACGAAGCUCUUUUUCGUCGGGAGUUGUCCAGGAAAGAUUCAGAAGAGGAUCUUUCAGUCUUAUCUGUGCCUACGCAAGUAGUUGAAGACAGUACUCACUCGAAACAACUCCACCACCAGGGCCUAACCCCCAAAAAGGAACGACGAAAAUGAAGAUCAGACAUGCGCAUAAACAUGCCUAUUUAUUGGCAAUCCUGCAGAUCGUGUUCUUCGUCAUCUUCUGCAUUUUCGUCAGGUACCACCCGAACGCCGACGCUCGCCAAAAUCCCCAAGGAGAAAAUGCUUCCUCCUACGAGACUAAAAUCGCUAAGUAUAAGGACGACGACGAGAAUGUCCACAAAAGCACCUAUCCCAUGUUCCAAGAUGUGCACGUCAUGAUCUUCAUCGGUUUCGGGUUCCUGAUGACCUUCCUGAAGAAGUACGGCUUCAGCUCCGUCGGGCUGACCUUCCUCAUCGCUUCUCUGUGCCUUCAGUGGGCGAUCAUCGUCAACGGCUUCUUCCACAUGCAUUAUGGCACCAUCAUAGUGGAUUUAGGCGCGUUACUGACGGCGGACUUCACGGCAGCGACGGUCCUCAUCAGUUUUGGAGUCAUCCUAGGAAAGGCGACCCCGACACAGCUCAUCAUCAUGACCAUGAUAGAAAUCCCGUUGUUUGUAAUUAACGAGGUCAUCGGUAGGACGUAUCUGGGAGUCAUCGAUAUGGGAGACUCCAUCUUCGUCCACACCUUCGGAGCCUACUUUGGACUGGCCGUCAGUAUCUUGCUUUAUCGAGAGGACGUUCACGAAUCCACAAAGGAAGGGUCCAGCUACACUUCGGACAUGUUUGCUAUGAUUGGUACCAUUUUCCUGUGGCUCUACUGGCCCUCUUUCAACGGUGGCGCAGCUCCUGGAGAUGACCAGCACAGGGCGGUCAUCAACACUUACAUUUCCUUGAUCUUCUGCUGCGUCACUGCAUUUGCCAUGUCCUCUCUGGUUGACAAGGACAAGAAGUUCAAUAUGGUCCAUAUUCAAAACAGCACAUUAGCUGGUGGUGUUGCUAUUGGAACAACGGCUGAUCUCAUGGUUCAACCAUGGGGCGCUGCUCUAGUUGGCAUGGUUGCAGGAGUAAUCUCAGUCCUUGGCUACACAUAUCUCACUCCUUUAUUGGCCUCCAAACUUCGACUCCAUGACACCUGUGGCGUCCACAACUUGCAUGGUAUGCCAGGCGUUAUAGCAGCCAUUGUAUCUGGGAUUGUCACGGCAACAGCCUCAGAAGCCACAUAUGGUCCAAGCUUGUAUCAGAUCUAUCCAGAGAUGGCCCCUGAAGAAGACACAGAAGAUUUUACUAGAAUUAAACAGUUCAUACCUGACCUUGAGCCUGGUUCAGGUAGAACAGCAAGUACACAAGCAGGACUCCAAAUUUUAGCUCUUGCAAUUACUCUUGGCAUAAGUUUAGUUGGAGGACUAGCAACAGGUUUUGUUCUACGCCUUGAACAGUUUGCAACAUUGAAAACCGAUGAUCUAUUUGAAGACGAAAAGUACUGGUUGAUGGAGGAGGGAGAAGGCGAAGCAGGGGAAGAACACGAGAGAGGUAGUUCUGCUGUCCCCAUGCAUGUGACCACAGACAAUGGAAAUAAAUAAUUCAGGUGUACUGUUACAUGACAGGGAAUUUUUCUUGAGUGAAAUGGUUUCACGUUCAGCACUAUUCUGUAUAUAGCCACUCCAAGGAUAUUAUCUUUUCCUAAAACAUAAGGCUACAAGAUUUAUAACUUCACCCCACCCUGAUGAUACAAAAUCAUGAAAUACUGCUUUUUAAAGAACAGUUUUAUAAAGAGAAAACAUAUUUUGAAGAUGCUGAUACAGUUCUGAUUGAGUAAAAAACAUCAAAUUGUCUUGCUAAGAUUCUCUGUUUUCUUAAUCAGUUAUGCUUGAGAAACCAUUGCUGUGUUAUCUAGAGGUGAUAAAGAUUUAAUUUGAGAUUAUACUAAAUUGUGGGUCAAUACUUUUAGUAUACAGUAUAGUAUUUAUACAGUGCGCGUCUCGUUCUGCAUUUGCAAAAUUGAGCAAUAACAGUAUUUGAGCAUCAUUCUUCAAUCAUUCUAAUACAUAUAUGGGUCAUUGAAACUGGCCUAAUGAAAGAUUAUGAUUAAUUAAAGAGAGGUUUGGUGGGGUUGGGUGGGGGGGGGGAAGAAAACUGGUGGAACAAUGGAAUCUCAUCUAUUUUUAAAGUACAGUAACCAUUUUAUUAUGGCCAUCAUUUCACUGAAUGCAUUGCUCCAGUGAGACAUUUCUCUUAUUUUCUUUUAAUCCAAGGCACCAAGUGACACACCUGUCUUUGCUGGAUAGGGAUUAAUAGGUUUUGGUCUCCUCAAUUUCUUCACCAUUUGGAUUUCAGAGUCCUUGCGAAGCUAAUCACCGAAUGCAGAUGAAGUGGGUAAAUGUAAGGAUUAAGGAUAAACGCUUUUAAAGUCGUCAUCGGGUAAAGUGCCAGUAUUUGUCAUUUCUGAGUGGAAUUUUGUAGUACUAAUAUCUAAAAAGUCUAAGUAAUAACUACAAUCAGUUGCUAAUUUAGCCUAAGUUGAUUUUCUUGCUAAUUUUACCCAAACUAAAAUAACUCCAAUUACAUCUCAUCAGGUGACAAGAAUAGUCAUUACCUCAGUCCUUUACCUUCUGUCUACCUUGUACGUAUAUACAUGAAGAAAUUACACAGAUUGUGUUAUGGACAUUUGAAUCUUUACAUUUUUCUUCUCUUGGAACUCUACUCACUCAGAAACAAGUUUCAUUUGAUAAUCUUAUAAAAACAAUUAAAUCUCCUCAAUGUACAAAUAAUCCUUACAGAAUUUUUAUUUCCACCUAUUAUUUUAGGAAGCAGUUUCUUUCUUCAUACUCUUACCAGUAAAUCAAGACUAAGUUAUUUUUGCCACUAAGACAAAAUUGUACUUUUCUCACUGGCUAAACAAUGGGGUAUGGUACAUAUAUAAUUUACACUGUAAAACAUGCAGAACUACACAGAAGAUAUUGCAAAAAUGUUUCUAGUCAGUGAGACAUUAAAUAGAUAAUGAAACUGACUGAUACAGCUAGAGAUAUUCAUUCUGACUUCAACAUAAUACUCUUCAUAAUCAACCUACUACCCUGUCUCUCUCUUCAUAUUUUCUUCAAGUCUUUCAAAAUCGAUUUUUUUUUUCACAUUAACACGUAGGAUUGUGGGUAUAUGGGUACAAUGUGACUACAAUAUCUGCAAUAGAUGAUUUACAGUAUUUUAUUGUGUGAAUGUUUGGCUAUUUUUGGGACGGUAUUAUUGUUUAUUUUUGUAACUACUUUGUCCAUGUAACCUUUGUAUUUGUACAGAUUUCCAUGUCAACUGGGAGUGUGGUGUCACCAUCAUGUUUCAUUGUGGAUACUGUACUUUUUUUCAUGUAUUGGAGCUUAUUAUAUUGUGGUACCUUUUAAAACAAAUUAGAAAUAAUUCUCUCCAAAACUUUCCAUUCUUUGUAGCUCUAAAGAUAGAAUUGUAUUUUUCAUUACCUUUUAACACUUACUAUUGGAUGAUUUUCAUCCCUUCAAAUUUUUUGAUGAGAGGAAGCAUAAUUUUAUAGACAAUUAAUGUUACAGUCUAGUGUCCUUUCUGUGUUAGUACUUUGUGUUUUGAAUGCAAUUGUAAAAGUUACUUAAUUAAAAAAAAAUCCUGA